UAACCAUCCCGCUACCGGACCUCCAAACUUUCAUCACUGACGGAGUUCCUUAACUUCAUCUCCCCUCACCACUCGCAUUCCGUCAACGCCUGCUUUGCUCUUCUCUACAGGGAAUCAAAGAGCAGGGAAAUACACGAAAAUGGUCUUCGCAGCUAGAACCUCCGUCCUCCGCGCCGCCCGCGCUCAAUUCACACCGACCCGGGCUGCCUUCGCCUUCAACCAGUCUGCCCUCGCUCGCCUGCUCUCCACCCUCGCAGUCCUCGAACAGCGUGAUGGCAAGCUCCAGGGAUCUUCUGUUUCAGCAAUUGCUGCAGCUCUGAAGUUGGGUGGCCCCGUGACGGCGUUCGUGGCUGGAGCUGGCGUGAAAGCGACCUCGGCUGCCGAGGCGGCCAAGUACAAGGGCGUGGAGAAAGUUGUUGCGGUUGAGAGCGAGGCCUACGAGAAGGGCCUCCCCGAGAACUACGCCCCCCUCCUCGUCGAGAACAUCAAGAAGGGCGAAUACACACACAUCAUUGCAGGCCACGGUGCCUUCGGGAAGAGUCUGCUUCCCCGCGUCGCCGCUCUGCUAGACGUCCAACAAGUCUCCGAUAUCACCGCCAUUGAAAGCGAAGACACAUUCGUCCGCCCCAUCUACGCCGGCAACGCAAUCCUCACCGUUCAAUCCACUGACCCCAUCAAGGUCAUCACCGUCCGUGGCACAGCCUUCCAAGAUGCUGAACCUACUGGUGGCUCCGCCUCCGUCACCGAUGGGGCAGACCCCAACGCUCCCGCCCAGACCGAAUGGGUCUCCGAGGAGCUCUCCAAGUCCGAGCGUCCUGACCUCGCCACAGCCUCACGUGUCGUCUCUGGUGGCCGUGGCCUUAAAUCGAAGGAGGAAUUCGACCGCAUCAUGGUUCCCCUUGCCGACUCGCUGGGCGCGGCUAUCGGUGCCUCCCGUGCGGCCGUUGACUCCGGAUUCGCCGAUAACAGUCUGCAAGUUGGACAGACCGGUAAGAAUGUGGCGCCGCAGCUGUACCUGAGUGUUGGUAUCAGUGGUGCGAUUCAGCACCUUGCUGGUAUGAAGGACAGCAAGGUGAUUGCGGCUAUUAACAAGGAUGGCGAUGCACCGAUCUUCCAGGUUGCGGAUGUUGGCCUCGUUGGCGAUCUGUUUGAGAAGGUGCCUGAGUUGACGGAGAAGGUGAAGUCUGCUUAGAGGGUUUGGAAUCGGUUGUCUUAUUUUGUUUGAUAUAGUUUUAUGAGCUUGAUUUGAUUUGUAUACCAUGUUUCAACUGUCUAUUAGGUAUAUCUAGAGUUGAAAAUACACCAACAAUUCUCAAUCAAUUAUUUAUGCUCAAUGUAAAUAUGUAUAUUGAAAUAA